AUGGUGCAGUAUCAAGAACUCGCUCUUCAGAGAAGCUUUAGCUGCAACACAAGAAAGAUCAAUCCGGCUACUUCUCCGGCGCGUGGCUUCCAUAGCCGUUCUCCAUCCUCCUCCGCUUUAAUCCCAAGCAUCCCUGAGAACGAACUCUUCCUCGUCCCUUGCAAAAGAUGCUCCUCCGUCUCCCUCCGACCAAUCUACUCCUCCUCAUCUUCUUCCUCUAGCAACAUGGGGAAAUUCCACUUGAAGCUUUCUUCCUUCUUACGUUCUCUCAUCAACGUCAUUAACAUCCCCGCUUGCAAAUUCCUCUCUCUUCCAUCACCGCCGUCUUCUACUUCUUCCGGCGUUUCUAACCAACUGAUUUCACUCGUUACCGGUGGAUCCUCUUCUCUCGGGAGAAGAGUCACCGGUACGUUGUACGGACACAGAAGAGGCCAUGUCACGUUUUCCGUCCAGUACGAUCCGAGAUCCGACCCGGUCUUGCUCUUGGACCUGGCCAUGUCAACGGCAACUCUCGUCAAAGAGAUGUCGUCGGGACUCGUCAGGAUCGCGUUGGAAUGCGAGAAGCGCCACCGGCCGGGAACAAAGCUUUUCCACGAGCCCAAAUGGACCAUGUAUUGCAACGGUAGGAAGUGUGGUUACGCGGUGUCACGCGGCGGAGCGUGUACUGAGUCUGACUGGCGCGUGUUGAACACGGUGUCUAGGGUUACGGUUGGAGCCGGGGUUAUCCCGCCGGUGAAGAGUAUUGAUGACGUGUCCGGUGGAGGGUUUGGUGGUGGAACGGAGCUUGGGGAGUUGUUGUAUAUGAGAGGUAGAUUUGAACGAGUCGUGGGGAGUCGUGACUCGGAGGCGUUUUACAUGAUGAAUCCGGACAAAAACGGAGGUCCAGAACUCAGUAUUUUUCUUCUUAGGAUAUGA